UGGAAGUGCAAACUACAUUUCCCAGGUCCCUUUGCAGGCAGGCAGAGCUUGCAUGUCUGCUGGACUCAUUCGUCCUUCCCUGCUCAUUAUGGCCGAUUGGUCUAAAUCCCUUUUAGGCAUCAAGGGGCUGCUGCUGGACAUCAGUGGGGUGCUUUAUGACAGUGGGGGCGAAGGAGGCGGCGUCCCCAUCCCUGGAUCUAUAGAAGCUGUAAAGAAGAUCAAGGCAUCUGGUCUGAAGCUGCGAUUCUGCACCAAUGAAACUCAAGCUACUCGGGAAAAGUUUGUAGAGAAGUUGCAGCAUUUGGGUUUUGACAUUGUAGUGAACGAAGUCACUGCUCCAGCACCAGCAGCCUGCCGAAUUCUGAAGGAACGUCAGCUGAGGCCACAUCUCCUUGUUCAUGAUGAUGUUCUCCCUGAAUUUGAUGGCAUUGACAAAUCAAGUCCAAACUGUGUGGUGGUCGGUGAUGCAGCAGACAAUUUUUCGUACAAAAAUCUUAAUGAUGCCUUCAGAGUUCUCAUUGGUCUGGAGAAUCCAGUGCUGCUGUCCCUAGGAAAAGGACGCUAUUAUAAAGAAACGGAUGGCCUGAAACUCGAUGUUGGAGCAUAUAUGAAAGCAUUAGAGUAUGCCUGUGAUAUUCAAGCAGAAGUGGUAGGAAAGCCGGCCAAAAUGUUCUUCCAAUCAGCCUUGACUGAAAUGGGCAUCGAACCUCACCAGGCCAUCAUGAUUGGGGAUGAUAUUGUACAUGACGUCGGAGGUGCCCAACAAUGCGGCAUGAAAGCUCUACAAGUACGGACUGGAAAAUACAGGCCUUGUGAUGAGCAACACCCAAAAGUGACAGCAGAUGGUUAUGUGAACAACCUUGCAGAAGCUGUGGAUGUGAUUCUCAAGCAACUGCAGAAGUAAAGGUGUUGCAGAUAGUGUCUUGAAGUCAAAAAAUGACUAGUUGAAUGUCAUGUCCUUGGCAUAACUGUGAACAUGUCUCAACCCAUUUCCUUUUUUCUUCUCUUCUCCUAGUUUUUUGUGUGAUAGUCACUCACAAUAUAUAUGUGCCUCAAAAGACAAGCUCUUCUAACAUGCCUUCCCAGGUAGUUAAAAUACCAACUACUACCAAGCAAACAACAAGGGAAAAAUAAGAUUGAGGUGGUUUGUGCUCCCAACCUAGAUUGUUUUCACUCUUAACUCUCUAACCCAGUGGUUCUCAACCUGUAGGUCCCCAGGUGUUUUGGUCUACAAUUCCCAGAAAUCCCAGCCACUUUACCAGCUGUUAGGAUUUCUGGGAGUUGAAGGCCAAAACAUCUGGGGACCCACAGGUUGAGAACCACUUCUCUAACCAUAUUAUUUCACUGUGACCUAUUUCCUCACCUGUUCUGUUUUCUGGAAGACAACUCAAAUAAAAGGAUCUCUUUGUCUCUAGGUAAUUCUCCUAAAUAAAUUAGUGCAAAAUUUGUCUACAACUUAAUUGAGACACAGCAAGAUUAUAUUUUUAUUACCCUCCAUUCUGGUGGUUUCUCCAGCAUUCAGCAAUGUUUGUUUUUGGAGUACAAAUCCUGGCGUUCUCCAUCCAGAGUCGUCAUGCUGGCUGAGGGGCUCCAGGAGUGGAAAUCCAAAAAGUAAUGUUUCCAAGUUCUGGGUUUUAUAUACAGGCUCCCACACAAGAAUGGAGAGAAAUCAUUAUCCCGAGACCAGAAGGAGAGAGGUGUUAACAUGGCUGUUUUGGAGCACUUUCAUUGUAUAUAGUCCAAUGUGCCUUUCUUUUUCAGGACAUUCUGGAACAGUCCAGUUCACAGCAGAAACCAAUUCAGCACCAUUCUUAUGGUAGCAGAUUGUAGCAACAACAAGAAAUAUCUCCCUUCUCCCCAUUUUUGAACGGUUCUGCAUGUGGUUUUGGGGGAAAAAAGUGUUUUAAUAAGCCAGCGAAUGGAUGUGAAACAUUUCGCCAUGUACGUUGCCCAUUUGAAGUAUAGGAGGAAUGGCAACUCAGGUGUUCAAGCCAACAUUCGAUUCACUGGUAUGCACAUCUGUUAUUUCAGUUGCAAA